AUGACGGCGAAUAUUGAAGGAGACGCGUUCGGCCGACUUCCCGUGGAGCUCAGGAUCAAGAUCCUUAAACUAUCACCAGACCCCUUAUCACUACGGAGCUUGGCCCAUGCGUCGCCCACCAUGGGCAGAGUGCUCAACAGAUAUCCGCUCGAAAUUGUCGAGGUAGUCUUAGACGCUACCGUUCCCCUGGAGACUCGUCGGCUGAUGAGCGCGGUUCUCAAAGCUCGGGUUUCGCGCUUGCCAGCAUCCCUGUCCGAGGCGCAAAGGGUGGCUAGAAUUGACUCGCCUGUGGUCACAGACGACAUGCGCUCGUCGAUAGUGGACCGGGCCGCCGCGGCAGUACGGUAUCUGCUUGCCACUGCCGAAAAUGUUCAUGCCUGGUCCCAUGUCUGCCUGGAACAUCUGAUACGAAAAUCAAUGGAACUGCGGCCCUCUACGCUGAUCAAGAAUGGGGCUGGCCAUACAUCUCGGGAAAGGUUCGAAAGGGCCGAGAGCCGUAAAGACUAUGUUCCACAGUAUACAGGCUCGCCUUCGUGGGUGGAGGGGCAGCGGAUGAUCAAAGCAUUCUGGCGACUACAGUUGUUCCUGGAGCUCCAAGGUGCUGGCAAUAAGGGCCGCUUAGACACGUAUUGGCCUGGACAAGAAGUUGAUGCGUUGUCCAAGAGCAGCCCGGAUGGCUUUUACAACGUGUUUGACUUUGAGCGGGAGCAGAUCCUAACAGCCUGUGACUUUUUCGACGCAGUCACUUCUGGGACUAUCACUUUAGUUGAAGCUAUCUACGAAAACACUUAUGGUUUGCCAACAAUACAUUGGAAUGAAGGGGCAGUGUCAGGGUGUUGCUGUGCCGAGCCACCCUCAUUCGAGCGUAAUCAGGACACUUUCCAUCAGGGCCCAGAAAACCUCGACAAAACGCAAAAUUCAUACCACUUCCAUUCCGUUAUGUCCAGCGAUCAAUGGCUGGAUGGAAGACCGCCUCUGCUGGGCCUUCCCUUUCACCCCUGGCGUAAAUAUGGGUUCGCCAUAUGGGACAACAAGCGCAUGGCCGACUUAGGCAUGAGAGACCUAUCACACAAGCCGUUCACCAGGAACUAUAUAGCUUACUCUUUUCGAUGGUUUAGUAUCUUGUCUGAGGAGGAUCUGCCUUAG